UCUCUCUCUCUCUCUGAGCAUGCGAGUGUAGUGAAGAUGGCCUUCGUUGUUUUGCUUCUUCAUCUGGCUUUCUUCCCUUCCUACUGGUGAGAAGGAAUCAGAGAUGACCAAUCACUAAGUCCCGGGAGUAAAUAUAGGAGAUGAAGGCAGAUGCAGAAGCUUCAGGUUCAGGCCCACCAGAAGCAGCCGCCUCGCAACAGAGCACCGACACUGCCGCCGCCGCCACCGCGGUCAUCCAGCGUUCGCCGCCUCGUCCAGCCGAAGCAGCCCCGAACAGCACCGAUCAAGAAGACAUCGAGAAAUUGAGGAAUUCAGCUGAUCGGGAAGCGUCUGUUCCAAUGAGGGAGUUCAAUGGUGCAGCUUAUGCGACCAUCCGUGAAGUGCCUUCUUCACUUAGGGUUGAGAACUUUCGAAAAGUAUCGGUCCUUCCUCUUAUUUUCCUCAUCUUUUAUGAGGUCUCCGGCGGCCCGUUUGGGGUCGAAGAUAGCGUUGGGGCUGCUGGUCCUCUCUUAGCCCUUCUGGGAUUCUUGGUCUUUCCGUUCAUAUGGAGUGUCCCCGAGGCAUUAAUCACCGCUGAAAUGGGCACCAUGUUCCCCGAGAAUGGCGGUUAUGUGGUUUGGGUUUCGUCUGCAAUCGGUCCCUUCUGGGGAUUUCAGCAGGGCUGGAUGAAGUGGCUUAGUGGGGUCAUAGAUAACGCCUUGUACCCAGUGCUCUUCCUUGACUAUUUGAAAUCAGGGAUCCCUGCCUUGGACGGAGGGUGGCCUAGGGUAGGUGCGGCAUUAGCUUUGACGGUGCUUCUUACAUACAUGAAUUAUAGGGGUCUGACCAUUGUCGGAUGGGUUGCGGUUGCACUCGGGGUUUUCUCGAUUCUCCCCUUUGUGGUUAUGGGGCUUGUGUCGAUACCCAAGUUGGAGCCGUCUAGAUGGUUGGUGGUCAAUCUUCACAACGUGGACUGGAAUUUGUACCUGAAUACUCUGUUUUGGAAUCUAAACUACUGGGAUUCGAUAAGCACCCUGGCUGGAGAGGUCGACAACCCGAAGAAAACUCUUCCAAGGGCUCUAUUCUAUGCUCUGAUCUUGGUUGUUCUCGGAUACUUUUUCCCACUUUUAAUUGGAACCGGCUCUGUCCCAUUUGACCGUGAGCUUUGGACGGAUGGGUACUUCUCCGAUAUUGCCAAAAUCAUCGGAGGUGUUUGGUUGAGGUGGUGGGUCCAAGCUGCUGCGGCUAUGUCCAAUAUGGGAAUGUUUGUCGCCGAGAUGAGCAGCGACUCUUUCCAGCUCUUGGGCAUGGCUGAGCGGGGCAUGUUGCCCGAAUUUUUUGCCAAGAGGUCUAAAUAUGGAACCCCUCUGACUGGAAUUCUGUUCUCAGCUUCCGGCGUGAUUCUGCUUUCAUGGCUCAGCUUCCAAGAGAUUGUUGCUGCAGAGAACUUCUUGUACUGUUUUGGAAUGAUCUUGGAGUUCUUAGCAUUUGUGAAGUUGAGGAUUAAGCAUCCUAACGCAUCUAGGCCUUACAAGAUACCGGUCGGGACAAUUGGAGCAAUCGCUAUGUGCAUACCUCCAACUAUCCUAAUAGGCGUCGUUCUUGCUCUUUCUACCCUCAAGGUCGCGAUUGUGAGCCUCGUGGCUGUGGUAAUCGGUUUCAUAAUGCAACCCGGUCUUAAGUACAUCGAGAAGAAGAGGUGGCUGAAAUUCUCAGUCAGUUCCGAUCUCCCAGAUCUCGAUAAUGACAUUAGUCAGGAGAGCACUGUUUCGUUGGUGGAUUAGAUCAUUGGUCAUCAUAUGCUAAAGUCCAACAAGGCUGUUUCAUCGGUUUGAUGCAAAGACAUCCUGAUCAAAAUGCUCCUCUUGCGAGUUCAUGCGUGCUUUUGGAGAGGAUAUCGAAGGAGUGCUAAUAUGCUCAAAAGCUCUUUUGCCUCAGAAACUGCCUUUGCGUGGCAAAGCUCUGCAAGCGGUGGUAGAAUCUAUUUUUAUCGCUCGAGUUUUAGAGUGAUGAUAGAUGGGGAAAAUUGGUUGGGAAAAGGAGAAUAGGCUAAGCUUGUUUGGUUUGUAUUUGUACUGUUGUAGCCUAAGCAUCCAUCUUGAUGCAGCAUCAGAAAAAAGUUUACCAAUUAUCGAUGUGGUUUUAUAAAUAUCUUGCGGAGAUCAUCAAGGCAGUGAUAGUUCAGCUUA